CAUAGCAUGCUUCAUGGAAGUUGUGUAAAACACACACGAGGCCUACAGUGGAAUACGGACGACACACGCCGCAUUAAAAUGGAGGGAGACGUGGCGUUUGUGGCGGCCGAUCCGACGCUGUCGCGGAUCCUCUGCUGCGAAUGCGGCACGCCCAUCGAGCCCAACCCCACCAGCAUGUGCGUGGCCUGCCUGCGGACCCACGUGGACAUCACGGAUGGCAUCCCCAAGCAGGCCGUACUCUACUUCUGCAAGAGCUGCGAGCGCUACCUGCAGCCGCCCGACUCGUGGGUCAAGUGCGCGCUGGAGACCCGCGAGCUGCUGGCGCUGUGUCUGAAGAAGCUGAAGGGCCUGUCACAGGUGCGUCUGGUGGACGCGGCGUUCGUGUGGACCGAGCCGCACUCGCGCCGGAUCAAGGUGAAGCUGACGAUCCAGAAGGAGGUGAUGAACGGCACCAUCCUCCAGCAGGUGUUCAUCGUCGAGUUUGUCGUCAACACACAGAUGUGCGGUGACUGCCACCGCGCCGAGGCCAAGGACUUCUGGAAGGCGCAAGUGCAGCUGCGCAUGAAGGGCCAGAACAAAAAGACUUUCUACUACCUGGAGCAGUUGAUACUGAAACACAAAAUGCACGAACAGACAGUGAAUAUAAAGCCGGUGCACGAGGGGCUCGACUUUAUGUUCGCGAACGAGGCGCAGGCGCGCAAGUUUGUCUCGUUCGUGGAGUCGGUGGUGCCGUGCCGGACGCAGACCUCCAAGAAGCUCAUCUCGCACGACGUGCGCAACAACACGUACAACUACAAGUUCACGCUGAGCGUGGAGCUGGUGCCCGUGUGCAAGGACACGGUGGUGUGUUUGCCGCGCCGGCUGGCCCACCAGAUGGGCGGCAUCGGCCAGCUGUGCGUGGUGUUCCGGGUGGCCAACGUGGUGUGUCUGAUCGACCCGAGCACCGGCCAGGUGGCAGAGGUGUCGGGCGCUCAGUACUGGCGGCAGCCGUUCGGCGCUGUCGGCGGGCCGCGCCAGCUCACGGAGUUCGUGGUGAUGGACUGCGAGGUGCAGCGCGGCGGCGAGCGGCGCACGUUCGCCGGCCAGGGGGCGCUCAGCACGCGCCACCAGGUGGCCGAUGUGUGGGUGGUGCGCAGCAGCCAGCUGGGCCAGGAGGACGCCGCCAUCCACACGCGCUCCCACCUCGGACACCUGCUCAAACCGGGCGACCUGGUGCUCGGCCUCGACCUCAAGAACAGCAACGUCAACAACGACCACCUGGAGGCGAUGUCCGAGGAGAAGCUGCCCGACGUGCUGCUGGUGAAGAAGGUGUUCGCGGACCCGGCGGCGCGCCACCGCCGCCGCCGCUGGAAGCUCAAACACCUGCGCGACGACGCCGAGACGGGCAGCCAGGACCGCGACUACGCCGAGUUCCUCGAGGACCUGGAGGAGGACCCGAGUGUGCGCGGCAACGUCAAUAUCUACCGCGACGCCACCAAGGUGGCCGUGGACCUGGACGACGAGGGCGGCUACGAGGGUCCCCAGGUGACCCUGCAGGAAAUGCUGGAGGACCUGCAGCUGGGCGAGGACGCCACCGGCGGCGAGGGUGCCGACAUGAUGGAGUAGCUCCCCGGAGAAGCUCCCCGUGGGGGAGCGGCCCCCGGAGACGCGAGGGAACAUUGGCCGCCUGGUUCACCGGUGGGUGAAUGGGGAAGGGGUCCACGGUGCCGAGAGCGCCACCCUGACGAGUUGUGUGCGUUUGGAGAAGGCUUUAUGAAAUAGUUGGACGAAAAGAACUAUAUUUGACGGUGAAUUAUCGCGCGCGUCAAUCUGUCGUCAAACACUAGGCACAGUCUUCCCAAAGGGUUCCUUUGGAGACUGAUGAUAUGUGCAGUCGUGAGCUCUAUGCCUGAGGUCGUUAUUUUUCUUAUCGCCGCAGCUGCUGACUUUACAAAGGUUUGUUACAGUUUUCAGUUUUCACACUGACCUUACAUGAUGUCCAACAAAAAAGUGCCCUUAUCAGGAUCUUUCCUCCACUGAAAUUAUAAGGAGUACUUUUGGAUUGUUAUGUCCACAGACUUGUUUACACUUGUGUGUGCUAUAUCCUAUGCCAUUUGUAUUUUGAAAUAUUUAAUUUCGAAUGUAAGCAGAAACUUUGAUCAAUUUCUAGUUGGGCUAGGUCGCGAAUGCAAGCGCACAAUACACGGCAAAUACAACGUAA